CGGUUGGAACCUGCCCGAACGGAAACCUUAUCCAGACCCGCACUUCGUCGUCUCCCUCAACAUUGCAAAACCUCGCCGCCUCCCACGCCACCUCCACCUCUUCUCAUGAGCGAGAGCCGGCCGGAAGGAAGGGUGAUAAGUCUUGCUGGAUAAUUGAUACAGCCAUGGAUCUCAGACAAGUGGAACUUGUCAGGAUAUAAUGUUCUUGGUUGUGCUUCAGCCAACUUUGAAAUGAGGAUGUGAGAAAUCAUAUAAAGGGCGCAGUUUGUGAAAUACUAGCAAAAUCCGAAGAUCUGGAGAUCCAACAGGCAAUAUUCGAAUGCCUUGCUAAAAUUGCAUCCACAUAUUAUAUGCUGUUACAACCUUAUUUGAGAACCAUACUUAGUCUGACAGAAUCAAUUGCACCCCAAUGUAUGGUGUUCUGGUGCACUGUUUGUAAGGAAGUGAUUAAACUCCGAGAAGAACAACACAUUGGCGCUGUCGAUGCUAACUCUAAAUAUUGUUGCUUUAUUUAUGAGGCCCUCGAGUUACAUGUUCCAGUGCUGCUAAAGCAUCUGUUCAAGCGAGAGAAAGAUCAGGAAGGACUAGUUCGAAUGCUGCUACAACAUCUGUUCAAUCAAGAGGAAGAUCAAGACGGACUAGUUCCAAUGCCACUAGAGCAUCUGCUCAUGCAAGAGGAAGAUCAAGGAGAUGAUGUCAUGCAAGAGGAAGAUCAAGGAGAUGAUGUCAUGCAAGAGGAAGAUCAAGAAGGAGAUGAUUGUCUUCUGAACAUUGACAUCGACUGUGUGACUCUUCUAGGCCUCAUUGCUAGAACUAUCAGGGAUGCAAUUGUCCCCCUUGUGAUGCAAUGUAUUGAGGGUAACAUUAAAGAGCCAGAUUGGCAUAGUCGCAUGGCCGCUGUUUCUGCAAUUGGUUUUAUCCUUGAAGGCCCUUCUGUUAAGGGACUCGCUCCACUGCUUGAUUUGUUGCUCGACAAGAUGGAAGAUCCAAACAGCAAGGUAAAAGGAACCACUGCAUGGAUUCUUGGCCGGAUGUUUAAGCUUCUGCAUUUUCCGGCAAGUGCAAAUGGAAUUAUAACGAAAGCAAACCUUCCUCGCAUCAUGGAUGUGUUGGUACACUGUAGUAAAGAUAUUCCAAUUGUGUCCGAAAAAGUAUGCGGAGCUAUAUAUUUUCUUGCCCGAGGUUACGAAGAUGCAGAGUCAAUGCCAUCUGAGCUUUCAUUGUCUCUUGAUCGUGUUAUUGAUGCUCUCCUUUCUGCUUCACAACCUUCUGAUGAGACCCCUUUCAGGCUUGGAGCGUCUGCCUAUGAAGCAUUGUGUGCAGUUGUGAGAGUCAGCAAUUUAGAACAACCUGUUGUUUGGAGCGCUAUAGGAGAUUUAAUGCAUCGUAUCAUGAAAAGAUUGGAUAUGACGCUUGAUCGCCAAGCACUUACUUUGGGUCAUAAGUUGAAGAAAAACAAUCUUCAGAUUGUGCUGUGUGGUGUACUGCAGGUCAUCGUCCAGAAACUGGCCAAUUCAGCUACAGUGAAGAUAGUUACGAACGCUGCUCAUCAUUUGUUGUUUUCUUUUUGCCGUGUCUUGGUUUGUGACAGUUCUACCGCACAGAGUGAAGCAAUGUCUUGGUUUGCCAUUGCUGCUCUUGCUAAUGCCACCGGUCCAGGGUUUGGGAAACAUAUGCCUAUACUCAUGCAGGUACUUGAUGCUCACCCACUCUCCCCCAUCUCUGUAGGAGUGAUCGGCGAUAUCUGCCUUGCCUUGGAAGGUAAAAUAUUGCCACACUGUGAUAAAAUUAUGCAAGUUCUGUACAAAGGUCUUUCUAAGUCGACUCUCAGAGCUCCAAUUUUCUCAUGCUUUGGAGACAUUGCUCUUGCUAUUAGCAAUGAUUUUGAGAAGUACCUGCAGUAUGUUCUGGAAAAGCUUCAAGAAGCUGCUAACUCACAGGACUGGGCUGAUGUUCAAGAAGAGGACAAGACUGAAUAUGUGAACCAGCUUAGACAGGGAAUAUAUAAGGCAUACUCUGGCAUACUACGGGGUAUAAAGGACCCAAGAAUUGGGUUUAAGGUAGCAACCCAUCUAUUUAAAUUCAUGGAAGCUGUCUGGGUAGACCGGAGCAGGGAUAAAAGUGUGAUGCAUGCUGCUGUUGCUGUUUUGACCGAUUUUGAUUUGACAAUUGGGUCAUGGACAGAAGAAAUGACUAAGGAAUUGCAUAACUAACUAUUAUGAUUUCAUCUGAAGCAGAUGCAUAUCCGGAACUCUGCUCCAAAAUGUACUCGUUAUGCUGAUUUCUCUAAUGGAAAUCGGAGGGGAAAUCCUCUUUUGCUCAAAAGAAAAUCUGAAGCAGAUGCACCGCUUGCUAUUAUAUGUCAACUUUGCUGUAGGCCUUCCGAUGACGUGCGUUCAGCGGGAGGAGAUGUCCCUGUCGACUACGAUGGAGUCUGGCGAUUUUGUCAAUCUAAGAUGAUGUGCUGGCUCAGUCUCUCGGUGGUGCUCAUAAGGAUAUGGGUGUGUGUGUGCGUGCGUUCAUAAGGGUGAGUAUAUGUGUAUGUACGAGUAUCUGUGUAAAAAAACAUAAUCUUUGUUCUUGAUUUUUGAAAAUCCAUCUCUGCACC